CCAGCCCUCAUUAGUUCUUCUUCUUCAUUUGUGGACAUAUGGCUCUUCUAACAAUAACAUCUUGUCCUUCUCUCACAUCGUCUUCUAACUCCAAGUUUAGUUUCCUAAACAAUGGGAGGAGGGUAUCUGUCAUGGGAAAGCCACUACUGCCUUGUGUUCAUAGGAAAACAUCUUCACCUUUGGCAUGCAUCAAAAACAUUAAUGAAGAGGCAGAGGCUAGUGAGGUGGUUCCAACUGAUACUUUACGAGCCAAGAACUUUCCUUAUGGUUUCAUCUUUGGAACUGGCUCGGCGGCUUACCAGGUGGAAGGAGCAGUUAAUGUGGGAGGAAGGUUGCCGAGCAUAUGGGAUACUUUUGUUCAUGAGCAGCCAGAUAAAAUUAAAGACCGGAGUACUGGUGAUGUAGCUUGCGAUCAAUAUCAUAGAUACAAGGAAGAUGUUAAAUUGUUAAAAGAUGCAGGCUUGGAUGCAUUCAGGUUCUCCAUUUCUUGGCCAAGGAUUCUGCCCAAGGGAACACUUAAGGGUGGCGUAAAUAAAGAGGGAAUUGAACAUUAUAACAACCUUAUCAAUGAGUUACUACUUAAUGGAAUCAAACCUUUUGUCACGUUAUUCCACUGGGAUGUUCCACAAGAACUUACGAAGUAUGGAGGUUUUCUUGAUUCAAGAAUCAUAGAGGACUUCAAAGAUUACUGUGAAGUUUGUUUCCGUGAAUUUGGGGAUAGGGUAAAGUUUUGGACUACAAUAAAUGAACCUUAUAUUUUUACCGUCCUUGGAUAUGGCAUUGGUGAGUUGGCACCUGGGAGAAACACAAGCUCUGGUGGUGAUUCGGCAACAGAACCAUAUAGAGUCGGUCACAAUCUUAUUCUUGCUCAUGCACAUGUUGUUAAGCUCUAUAGAGAAAAAUUUCAGGAUAAUCAAAGAGGAGAAAUCGGAAUAUCAUUGCCGAGUCCUUGGAUGAAACCGCUUACAAAUUCAAUAGAGAAUAUUCAAGCAAGGGAGAGAGGCUUAGAAUUCAUGCUCGGAUGGUUCAUGGAGCCACUUGUUCAUGGUGAUUAUCCAUUCAUAAUGAAAGCUUUGGUCAGGGAUAGACUUCCUUCAUUCACAGAAGAGGAAUCAAAGAUGAUUAAAGGUUCAUAUGAUUUUAUUGGAAUUAAUUACUAUACUGCAUGUUUUGCAUCUAAUGUUCCAAUUAAACCAAAUGAAAAGCCUGUAAGCGUUGAUGCAGAUUCACAUGUUGAAUUUAGAGUGUCAAAUUUGAAUGGCGAACCCAUCGGAGAAUUGACAGCAGAUAAAACGACUUAUAUUUGCCCUGAAGGAAUCAGAGAUCUGUUACUGUAUAUCAAAAACAAGUACAAUGACCCUGUAAUUUAUAUCACUGAAAAUGGAAUUUCGCAGAAUGAAGAUGGGAAACUCACAAUACAAGAAGGUUUGAAUGACGAGGAAAGAAUUAAAUACCAUACUCUUCAUUUGAUUAAACUUGAAGAAGCCAUUAGGUUGGGAGUGAAAGUGAAGGGUUAUUUUACAUGGUCCGUUUUGGAUGACUUUGAAUGGAGCAGUGGGUACACCAAAAGGUUUGGGUUGAUUUAUAUUGACUUCAAAGAUGGAUUAAAGAGAUACCCAAAAGCUUCUCUCGCGUGGUUCAACAUGUUUCUCAAGUCCUAGUUCAUAUAAAAUUAGUCAAAAAGUACUCUAUAUAUAUAUAUGUAUGCUAUGGCAUGUCAAUAAGGUGUUGAGGAUGCUUGAUCAGACACUUCACUGAAGCCACUGAGACCUGCUCCCAGGUUUCCCGCAGACAUUCCCAGCUUCCAGCUCACUCUCCACCACAGCCGAAGAGAUGUCAAAGCAGCACUGAAUUGGAAUUCUCAGUUUCCUUGUUUUUAUCUUAAUGUUGUAUUUGUUUAUCACUUUAUGUUUGUAUUUUUAUAAUUCAAAUGUUCUGGUUGUAUGAACCAUGGUGCCUUACUGGCAUGCACAUCUGGUGCUUGUUUAAAUGCUUGAAUGAACUGAGAAAAAUACACAGAGUGAAUU